CGCUUGUACAGUAUAUGCGUGUGUGCAGGCUGCUAAAAAUCCCAGGAUAGCGCCGAGCUGUACAGUGCUAGCAGUGCAAAAUCUGCACCGAGGAGCCAGCGCACUGAGCAUUGCUUCCUGACUAUUGGCAAUUGGGAGCUCCUCGGACAUAACGGUUAACUUUUCACCUGAUACUCCGGUUUUUUUUUGGAAAGAAAAAAUACACUUUUCUAGUGGGGAUUUAAUAUUCAUUCCUGGGAGGCGUUAAAAGGCUACUAGUUUUUGGAUCCAGCACCUGCAUGCUGUUGCUCUCAAGUUUUCCUCUUUUCGGAAAGACUCGGCCACAAACUACAAAAAAGAGCCGCAGGUGACCCCAUUCUUCCGAAGAGUUAUUAUCUAUUUGGAAAGCGGCGUCAGGGGACCGGAGAAAACCGAGCCUCAAUGAUGCCCUUCUUCCACAACUCGGAUUUAUGGAUUGCUUGGUUCUCAUUGCUUUUGGGUGCGCAAGGGUAUGUAAUGGCAUUGGAGGUGUCAGUCAGUCAAAGCAGUGUACAGGUUGCUCGAGGUCAGACUGCCAUACUUCCCUGUACCUUUACCACCAGUGCUGCACUCAAUAACCUCAACAUUAUCUGGAUGGUAACCCCACUCUCCAAUGCCAACCAGCCAGAGCAGGUGAUCCUGUACCAGGGUGGGCAGGUUUUCAGUGGUGCUGCACAAUUUAACGGUCGAGUUGGGUUUGUGGUGACAAUGCCCAGCACAAGUGCCUCAGUAUUCCUUAACAACACACAGCUGUCAGACACCGGAACGUACCAGUGCCUGGUCAACAAUCUGCCUGACAGAGGCGGCAGAAACAUUGGGGUGAUUGGCCUAACUGUACAAGUGCCGCCAUCCAUCCCAACAUGCAGAAUUCAGGGGACUCUAGAUAUCGGCAAUGACGUAAUGCUGACGUGUAAUUCUGAUGAAGGUAUUCCAACACCUACAUAUGCCUGGGAGAAGUUGGACGCUGUCCCUAAACUGCCAGCCACUGCGACACAAGAUCAAAUGCUUGGUACAGUGACUCUGAGGAACAUCAGCAUUGCUUCAUCGGGUUUGUACCAGUGCAUAGCGUCCAAUGCAAUUGGGAAGAGCACUUGUCUCCUAAACCUGCAGGUGGCUUCACCACAGCAGCAGAGUGUGGGAAUCAUUGCUGGAACGGUGGCUACUGGCGUUCUUGCUGUGAUCAUCUGUGUUCUUCUUGUGGUAGUGGUGGUCUUCUACUGGAAGAACAGGAACAAAUAUGAAGAAGAUGAGAUUCCCAAUGAGAUCAGGGAGGAUGACUUGCCCCCGAAGAGAUCCUCUUCUGCCAAAGCUUUCAAUGCAGAUGCAUCUUCAUCUGAAAAUGACACCUUAACCUCCACCAACACUUACAACAGCCGCUACUGGCACAGCCCAAAGCCCAACUACGAUACUAAUUCAUAUUCCCGCUACAAUGGAGACACCAGACAAUCUUUUUCUACACACUCAACAGCAGCAGCAGGAGGAGGAGCAGCACCUUCCCGGCCCACAUUUGCUAAUGGAAGCCAUACCAUCCCACCACCCAAGACCUUGGUGGUCACCACAAACUCGGCACCCUCUCCACAGGCUGUGGUGCGAAGCAAUGGUUCGAUUAGCCGGAAGCCACAACCACCGCAUACACAACACACGCAUUCCUAUGCGGUGAGCCAGGCGACGCUGGAACGAAUGGGUGCAGUGCCAGUCAUGGUGCCAGCACAAAGCCGGGCAGGUUCUUUAGUAUAGACAUAACUAACUUAAAAAAGGAGUUCAUAAAAUGCCAACUUUCCAAAUGCUAUGUACUACUGCUGUUACAGCGCCUGGUGUUCUUCUUUGGUUCUUGAUGUGAGGAACUUCCUGUGCUGGAUCAGAGAAAGGUUAUUGAGAAUGAUGGAUGAUGAAGGAACAUGGAGUAAUUACUCAAGUGGUUCUCUUGGCUCUUUGUGUCUUAUAACAGGACAAGAAAGUUGGUAGAAGUCAGUAAUGCAUUUUGCAGCUACCUUGUAAUUGCACAAGUAGUUGUGUAGUUAGGGUACAGUUACUGUGUAGUUACUAUGUAACUACAUGUGUAGUUACAAACAGAAAACUUCUUGAUGGGGCAGCGCUUUUAACACUUAUCUUGUCAUUAUGCAUAUAGUUAUGUAGCUACGCAGUAGUUACUAUGUAACACUAAGUGUAAUUACAGUGCAGUGGUUGCUGCAGACCACAGUGUUACGGAAAUGAAACCAGAAGAAAGCCAUGUGAGGACAGCUGUUUUACCAGGAGAAAAAGGAGGCCCAUGCAAAUAACUAAAUGAUCAAUUCCUUUCUAUCACUCUGUGUCAACAACACAAAAGAAGAUGCACGGCCCCUGCUUUGGGCCUAGGUAGACACACUUUUACACACUGCAUCAAAUAUGUAUGACAAGACAAAAGAUGCCACUGACCGUGUUGGCACAACUUAGCUAGAGUUUAGCAGCCUUGAGCAGUAAUUCACAUUUUGGUCACAUCCUCCUGCUACUCAUGAUUGAUUCCUUUUCUCAGACUUCUCCUGCCUCCUUAGGCUAGGAUGUCAGCCAGCAAUAAUAUACAUUAAGGCUUUUUAAACCAGCUUUGUGAAGAUAGGGGUCAAUGUCAGAUCCGGGUCAGCAAUAUGGGGAAGACAAUUCAGUAUCAUAUUUUGACCCACUCAGCUUUUUUCAAAUCAGUACAACACUAAUAAAAUAACAACUAUUGCUUUUCCUUUUUUACAACGCAACUUGUCUAUUGACAGUUAAACGACUACUCCACCCAAAAAUUAUAUGUUUUUAAUGUGUUACUCACCCUAUUUAGUUUGUAGGAAUGACAAAAAAAAAUUUUCAUUCAUAUGUUUUCAUGCAGAAUGGAGUCAACAAGGUUUCUGAAAGAACAGACGUCUCUGUUGGCCAGCACAACAGCAAAGAAUAUGAAAAACGUCCAUGAAAAAAUGUCAUGUGACUUGUAUCACAUAAUCCAGGUGUCUGUUAUGUAAUGGAGUCCGUAAACACCUAUUAUAUCAAAAACAUUGUCACCUCCAUUCUGCAUGAAUGCAAGAGAUUAAAAAUUUUCUUCAGCCAUCACUACAAGCUAAAUGGGGUAAGUGACAUAUAAAAAAUAUAGCGUUGGAAUAUUCCUUUAAGAUUAUGGGACUUCAGCACUUCGGUAUCAAAAGCAAUAUUAAGUAAAGAAAUCGUAAUGUUUUUUGAGUGUGCCAGCCAGCAAAGCAUCUGCAUAGGACACUGAGUAGGCAGCAGGAAAGUAAGACUGAGCCUUGGCAUUGAUCAUACUAAAGGCCAAAGCAUGCCACUUGUUUACUCAAAGAUACAUAAAGUGGAAAGUUACUGAAUAUUCCACUGUUAAUAAUUUAGACUGGUGUCAGCAUCAUAAUUUCAGACAGUAUAUUAAUUUUGAGAAAUGAUUAACCAUCCAUUCAUCCUUUUUCUAAUUCUGUUAUCCUUUCCAGUCUUAUGGGUUGUCGAUGCCUGCUUAAGGAACAUUUGGUACAAAGUGGGUGAAUCAAUGAUGUGCAGCUUGUAGAUGCAAUACAUGACAUAAAAUAACCAGUUCAACUGAAUUUAGGGUUGUGGAAAGCUGGAGCCCAUAUAACCAGCACUGGAUAUACUGUAACUUUAGGCUGUGUCAGCACAAAUGAUUGAUUCAUAAACUCUUGAUAUCACCCAUCUGUGUAAUUUCAGCAAUCUUGCACUGUUAAUUUGAAUUAUUAUAAUACUUUUCUAGUCAAAGAUUGCCAUACAUAGUCACAAAUAUAGCACAGCAACUGCAAAAACACACCACACCACUAACACACAUGGAAGUUAAGACAUACAAACAUUAGUAGAUGCAUUAAUUAAAUUGUAUUUUAGAUUUCACAUGGUGUUAAAAUUAAAUCAUUCAUCAUUUCAUUAAAAAGCAUGGACCUUUACAGGUUUCACAGAGCAAAGUGUGUCAUUAUAAAGACCUUAUAAAGCCUACUGUUGACAUGUUAACACAAUCUGACAACUGGUGCCAAAGCAGAGUAAGUGACUUGAGUUGACACCGUUGAGUUAGUGGCAGGGAUUGAAAGUCUACACUGUUGCUCUCCAGCCUUCUAAGCCACGCUGCUGAAAUGCAGUCAUGGUCCUGUAAGCCACUGUUGGACACUCAUCAGAAAUGUAAUACUUGUUCAUAUAUUAAAAAAUCGGAAAAACAUCCUGAAGUCACAUAAAGUUUUACUUGUGGGUAGAAAUAGUUAGACAAGCCGGUAAUAAAAUGUGAUCACCUUUAGAUUUUGAGGUUUGCAAGGCUUCUGGUAGCUAAUAUACAGUAUAUGGUAUUUUAGAUUUUAAGUUUUCAAGUUAUUUAUUCACUUUCUUCUAGCUGAUGGCCUUUACCCAGAUAUGUCAAAUUAGUUAAUAUCUGCAUAUACUGUAAAUUUGAUUCUGUUUACAGAAAACAGGUAGAACUAUGCAAAAACAUGGAGAACCUGGCAUAGAAGUGAAUAGAAAUAUAAAGAUAGUAGCUUAUGGGUCUGCAGAAAUUGUCAAACGCAAUUGUGGUUUGUUUGCCUUGCACACUGUCAUGGUGUGGUCUUUUUUAAGAAUGUUUUCAUAACUCAUUUCUCCAUUAAAGAAUUUGUAGAGUGAUUUUUUUUUGGUAAUAAAAUUUACUUUUUUAGUCUCACAUACAGUAUUUGCAUUCUUGGGACUGAGCAAUAGGCAGGCUUUUUUUCAGACCUACUAAACAAACUUUUCAAAGUUUUUAUCAUUUUGCACAUCUUCACUUUCAGACACCUGUCUUUCACUCAUCAUCUGUUACAAAAGAUUGAUUUUAAAUGUAAAAAGACAUCAGGCACAAUGCAAAGUUAAACCAAGGCAGAUUUCUAUGGGUUUCUCACAAGCGUAGUAUGCACACCACACCAACACUUUGCUCAGUAUGGGGCAGGACUGCCUCAAAGAAGCAAGAACUUGUGCUAUCCAGCUGGAUAAAGUAAAGAAUAUUUGAAAGGUGCUUCAUAUUACUUCAUUAUGUAAAGCUGUCCAGAAUGUUUUCCUGCACAAUUUUUUAUUGCUAGCUAAUUUAUUGAAAAUUAGCUUAAACAUACUCUUAGGAUAUAUUGAUGUAUUUCUACACUUCUGAUUUAUUCUACAAAAUCUCCAUUUCAACAACCUUGUGUUAGUGAGAAGGAAGUACACGUUUCCCAUUCCUGUGCCAGUCUGAAUCCUGCAUUCAGAGCCAGGUCUUCAAUAAUCUUGUCGCCACUUACAAAUCUUUUCCUACCGAUGUCUUCUUUGAUGGCCACUAAGGGGUUGAAAUGCAAUUGUUAAAGGCCUGUGAAUAUGUAAUACUGAUACUUUCUCUUCCACAACAGAUUCAAAAAGCACUAAAUAAACUGCAAGCAUUUCUUGUAAUUUUGAGUAGAAAAGGCUACCUUCAUACAAAUCAAUUAUUGGGACAUGUGAUACAGCAUGUAUUUGUUGUAAAAUUUCAAGAAAGCAGCCAUUUGUACUCCUCGAACUAUCCUCAUGAUAUUGCCAGUGAGAUGGCUUCCUUAUAAGUUAUCUACAGUAUAACUGUGGAUAUUUAUCACACAUUUGUAUGAAACCAAAGGCCAAGUUAUGUACAUCGCCUCCACUUUGGGGUCAAGUCAAUUUAUUUUUCUAUAGUGCACUUCACAGAGUACAGCUUCAGAGUGCUGUAACAAACUCCAAUACAAAUUAAAUAUUGAGCAAAAAUAUAUAUAAAUUUACAUAUAUACCCACAUAUACACAACAACCAGAAACAAUUGUACCUCCUGUGUUGUAGCACAUCUUACAAGUAAUACAUUAUUUAGUUGUAUAUUUUACAUUUAAGCUGAAAAAUAUAAGGAAGAGAAUAUAUCUAAAUUAGGUAAGUAUAUACUAGAAAAAAAGAGAAUGUCAAAAAACUGAAAACAAGCAAAGAGAAAAAAAUGAAAAAAUAGAUACCUAACCUCAGCAACUAAGAAUUAGUCAUUAUUAUCCAACCCACUAUAUCCUAACACAGGGUCAUGGAGGUCUGCUGGAGCCAAUCCCAGCCAACACAGGGCACAAGGCAGGAACAAAACCCUGGGGAGGGCACCAGCCCUGAAUUAGUUAAAUCAUCAAAAUAAUACACACAGGUUGUGAACCAGUGACCAUGAAAAACAGACAUAGUUAAAUGAAUUCACUUGUCAGUAGGCACCUUAAUGAAGUAAAAUUAGCAGAUUUUGUACUUUACAUAUAAACCGUAAACUCUCAGUUAACCACAGUGCCAGAAACAGUGAAAAAAGCAGCGAAAAGGAAAAACAGUCAAAUUGUGUCCUAUUUAUAAGAAACAGGACAGUUCAUGGAAUUAAUUCAUGAAAACCCUUCCAUACAGGGGCCAAACAUUUUUUAAUGUAUGUGUGUGAAUGAUACCAAUUUUAGUUGAAGUAAAACACUUUGUGAAUUUUUUUUUUACUAAAUGAAAACUUCACUGAAAUUCAAUUUUGCAUGAAUCGUAAUUAAAAUUGAGAUUGACAAUGGAGAAAAGGAAAACAAAACCUCCAAUUAGAAGUAUUCCUGGAGAUGAUAAAGCUCUGGACAGCCAUGGUCAGUUAUAACAGACAACAACACAAAGUCAGACACAGUCACAAUUCUGGUGACUUAUCUCAAAUGACCUCCUGUUCCCUCCUGGGUGUCAAUAAUAUUACAUAGGAUUUUUUUGCUCCUGUGAUUUUCACUAAAAUUAUACAUCAGGAAUAUUUAUAACACCUCCUAAUACAAGUCAUAUCAACAAAAUGGCAGGCUCCUUAACCACAUUGCCUAUGCCUCAUUUAUAUCUGCAGUAUGGCGUAUAGGCAGACAUCAUGAGUGAGGUUUCUGAAUUGGUGGAGUUUCUCAUUUGUUCUACUUUACCUAUUAAGUGGAGUAGAGAUACAUGGAUAUAGGGAAGUUUUGAAAGACGAACAAUGGAUUUUCUUAAUGGUAGAUGAGAGGGUUGAAAGAGAUUCACAAGAGUCAUUUCAAGAACAUCUAAAGAAAUCUCUUAAAGUAUGGAGGAUGACAUUCUUAACUAAUCACUUCAAUCACAACUUGUUUUUAGGGUAGCCAAGUGAGCAUUUAACAAAGACUUAAUGGAGUAUAUUUAAAUGGUUAGGCAAUUCUAAUAAUUAUUAAUACCUGGAACAAAUAUAUACAUACAAAAAAGUUUAAGUAUGUAGAUUGUUUUAAUUAAACCCUAUUAUAAGCUUAAAAGACCAAUAAAGCAAAGCUUGUCUUCCAUUUCCACAGAUGUAAUUUUAACUGAAACAAGCAGGACACAGCUUGUAAUUCCUCUUCAAAAUCCUGUUUAAAAGGUCAGAAGAUUCAGUGUCAUACCCUACUUCUAGUUGCAGAUGGUUUCACAAUCAAAAGAAAAAUCGUAAAAUAUUUUUAGCCUCCUUCUAUUUUCCAAGUCCCUUUCUCUCUCAUGAUUGGAAAAGAGGGCUUCAAUGUCACGUGCCACUUUGCUUGGAUACUCCAGACAGGCCACAGAGAAAAUAUAUCUGAGAUUCACUUUUCAAAUUCAUCAGUAAAUUAUAGCCUGGUUGUUAGAGGGAAAAACAGGCAUGUGUCAAAAUCAAAUAAAGAAUGAGUGAGUUUUUAAUUAAAUUAUCUAAUUAGAAGAUGGUAAGACUUACUAAAAUAAAAUUAGGUUACAAAAUCCAAAUUCAAGAUCUCACUAAGCAGUAGUCUACAAAGGAAAAUUGGGUUCCAAAGCAGGAGCCAACCUUGGUCAGGGUAUCAGUCCAUUGCAAGACUCACUCAUGCAUACAGCCAACUUAUGAUGGGCCAACUUAGAAUCACCAAUUCACCUAACAUAUACAUCCACAUUGGUGUGGGAGAAAAUACAGGCUAUCCAUAGGAAAACCCACCAGGAUUUGACAAGAACAUGUAAAUUCCACACAAGAAUCACUGGGGAUGACAUUUAAACCCCAUAUGCUGGAUCUGUUUGGCAGGAGCAUUAUCUACUAGGUGAGCAAACUGCAUGAGGGGCUUAGAAUUCUGACCAGUAUGUCCUGCACAUGAAAGCAACCUUCUACUUCAGCACAGCUCGAGCUCUAGAAAGCCCUUCUAAUGUACAGCCCCAUGACCUCAGAAAAUUACUUAUUUGUGCAUUCUUUUGGGGUAGGAUAGUUCUAACGAUGUUAUAGUUAAAAUGGGUGUUGCAUUACAGCAUAGGCAACUGUACAGUUUCUAGAUGUAUCCAUUUUGCUAUUGUGCACAAGCCAACCGUAUUACCUGUAGCUCAGACUGAACCUGUACAUGAUGCUGUUCUAAAGGAGUGCAGAUCCCCAUGUAAUCCAACAGAGAAAACAUGAAGCCUGCAGGAUGUUCAGAAGAGUUGCUGGUAAUUACUGUACUUCCCGAGACCUCAGAUUUAACUGAGGCAUAUUGCUUCCCUCAGGUGAGUGGCAGAAAAAGCUGCAAGUGCAAAACAGUUUUGAUUUCCAAGUGCCUGUUUUACCAAAUUAGUGUUCAUAUGCAAACGUUCCGCACUUCUGGCCCAAGAUUUUGAAAAAGUACCUAGUGUGUUAUAUUGCAUUGACACUCACUGUGUUCUCUGACUUUGCCCAAAGUUUAUUUAGAAAGAAUGUAUUUGUGUAUAGAAAGGCUAAAGAAUCACACUAGCUCUUUUAUCUAGCAAUAUUUAUGGGACUGUUGUCUUUAUGUAGACGUACAAUUUGCACCCCUAGGACCCAUACUCACGUACAGGAAGACAACUUUAUUGUCAUCUCCCGCAUCACUCCAGCGAAUGGAGCUGGCCAUGUUCACUCUUAGAAAUUGUCUCUUUGUGUUUGCAUAAAACCCUUUUUGUAUAGUCAAGCAAUAUUGCUUUUCUUUCUUCAUCAUGCAAUAGGACAGGGGUUACAAUUUAAAAUGUUGUAAAUUUGUAAAAUAAUAACAUACUAUGAUUUAAAGGGAUACAUUUAAGAAUACUGCAAUACAAGUUAAAGAAAAAGAUAAAUGAUAUUUGUUAGAUGGUCUGUCCAUAGUUCUUAAUUCCUGACUGGAGCAAUUACUGCUGUCUUUCCACAAAAACAAGGAACCAAGCAGACCCAGAACAAGGUCUGUUCCAGGUAUUUUUCAAUAUGUAGCAUGAAUGCUUAAGGAGGUGUUAUUAAUUACAUUAAACAUAAGCAAUUAACAGAUUUUUUCAAUACAUACAUCAUGGAAGAUGCAGAGGAUAGCUUGAAGUGGGUGAAAGGAUAUGUAAAAACUGACAAAAAGAAAAGUGAACUUUAAAACAUCAUUAGAUUUCAUAAUCAAAAGUCACAAUCAUUAUUUGCAUGGUAAGCUAGUAAAGAAAGAAAAUCAAACAAUGAGUCAGGCCUGGGAGAAUUACAGCUGUUUGAUGGGACAGGCUAAAUUCCAUUUUUGAUCACCCUUUCAUCCUGACCUAGUUGAAAGUUUUUCCAGGAUGGCAUGAGUUCAACCUAUAGAGCAGGAAUCAGAAUCUGAAAAAGGGCAUGGAAAUAAAAUGAGAACUAUGCCCAGUUCUGGCUUUACCUGGGUUCCUAAAUAUAACAGGAGCUACUUACCCAGAAAACUACUUACACCGUCAGAAGGUGUACUUGUUUGUUAUUCAGCAUUGACAUCACAAAUACUGUAGUUAAAUGAUGAAAAGUCUGAGAUUGUAAUCAGUAAGAACCCAUUAGAAGCCAGGGCUCCUUAGUGACCCCAUAAGCGGAUUUAUGUAAACUCAGAGACUUAACAUUUAUUAUCUGUUGUGUGCUGUUGUUAUUCAUUUUGGUAAAUUGUAUGGAGCAGGAAUAGAUUACAAAGCAGCUAAGUUCCAAUAAAGACUCAACUGUGGACAUAGGCCAGGAUCUUACAUGACUGACAUGUGUAUGGGCCUCAUGAUGUACAGCAUGUGCUGGUCACUAUCAGACUGGAUCUGACAACUGGCCAGCUGUUCUAAGAGUUUCAUUUUUUCCAAAGUUGUGUACUAUAGUGCAGGGACCCCAAGCCUACUCAGGUGUCACAGACAAAAUGAAAAAAUAAGCACAUGCUGAAGUCUGGUAAUAGCAUAUAAGGAUCUUAAU